AUGUCUGUCUGGCGAAGCAUUAAGAACAAUUCAGAAUUUGGACAUUCAGAAGCAUCCUACGAAGCAGCAAUGGCAAGAUUAGAGCGAAAGUUUGAGGGACAACGACGAAAAAUCGCGUUAUAUCUUGAACAACUCGAACGAUUGAAACCCAUGCAAGACAAGAACCCAAAAGAGUUGAAGAAAAUCGCAGAGAUUUUCAAUAUCGUGGUUGUUAACCUAAAAGAAGCUGAUUGCGACGAAGAAUUGGGCAACGUACUGUGUUCUUUACGUAACCUUACAGAAAAAAACUCUCUGAAUCUUUACUUGUUCGAUUUCAUCGCUGGCCUGGAUCUAUGA